GAGGAGGGGGGUGCGUUCUGAAAUAAUAUAGUCAGCCAUUUUUUAUGUAAGGGGAUUUUUUUCUUAUUGGGGGGGUUGUUAAAAAAUAAAUAUAAGAGAGGCGGCCAUCUUUGUUGCUCUGCUCUGGUGUAAAAUAUUUCAAAACGCCCCCCUACUUUUUUGCCGAUUUGAAUAUUAAAUAAAUAUCACACAUUCGGGGGCAAGAAAACGCUUUUUUUGAGGACGCAACCAAUGACAGGGAUAUAAUGUCCUCUCCUCUCCGGUCCUGUGAGGAAGACGAGGGCAUGGUGGUUAAUUCCGAGGGAGGAGAUUUUGAUGAAGAAGACGACGAAGGAGACCCAGACGCAAGCGACAUAAACUCGCCGGCGGCGCCAAGGGAAACUGCAACACCAGCCGCGCCAGACGAAGAGGUAGAGAUAUCCGACAGAGAGGUCCCGUGCAAGAAGAAAGGGCGACCCAAGAAAAAGAAGGACACAAAGAAGAAAGACAAAGAAGGGAAACCGGUCAAAACAAAAAAACGCAAGAAGAUUGACAGCGAUGUAGAGAGAGACUCCGAAAAAGAAAGAGAUUACGUCGAGAACUCGGACAGCGUAGCCAGCGACUAUGGAUCCGGGGAGAAAAAGAAAAAGAAGAAACAUAAAGAAAGGAAGGAGAAGAAAACCAAGAAGAAGAAAAAAGUCGACGGGGACCGAGACAGCAGUCAGGAGGAAACUACGAAGCCUAUAGAGCAGAAGACGUCGGCACAGCUGGCGAAGGAGUGGAGUCUGGAGGAUGUUGAUCAUACCUUCACAGAGGAGGACUACGGGGAGCUCACCAACUACAAAGCCUUCAGCCAGUUCAUGAGGCCGAUGAUAGCCAAGACGAAUCCUAAGAUCCCCAUGUCGAAGAUGAUGACUAUCCUGGGGGCCAAGUGGAGGGAGUUCAGCACCAACAACCCCUUCAAGGGCAACGCCGCUGCCGUCACCGCGGCAGCAGCAGCGGCCGCCAUCGCUGUCGCCGAGCAGGUCUCCGCCGCCAACGCCUCGCCUGAACCGCCUCCACCGCCACCGCCCCCACCCAUCAGGAAGGCCAAGACGAAAGAGGGCAAAGGCCCUGGCUUCAAAAAGCGCAGUAAAAGCCCUCGAGUGGCAGACAAGAAAAAGGCUGCCGCAAAGGCUAAAAAGAUGGCACCCAUUCGUAUCAAACUAUCGCCCAUAGGUGCCAAGAGGAAGAAGAGUUGCUCAAGCGAGGACCUGGACGAGGAGGAGUCGGAGCAGGAGGACUCGAGCGUUCACAGCUCCUCGGUUCGCUCCGACAGCUCGGGCCGCGUCAAGAAGAACAAGCCAGGGCGGCCUGUCAAGAAGAAGAAGAAAAACUUGCCUGGGCUCGUCCCUGCAGUCCCCGGGGAGGAGGAGGGGGCCGACGGCUACGAGACGGACCACCAGGACUACUGCGAGGUGUGUCAGCAGGGGGGGGAGAUCAUUCUGUGUGACACCUGUCCCCGAGCGUACCACCUCGUCUGCCUCGAGCCCGAGCUGGACAAAGCCCCCGAGGGCAAGUGGAGCUGCCCGCACUGCGAAAAAGAGGGGAUCCAGUGGGAGGCGAAGGACGAGGACUUUGAGGAUUUCGAGGAGGACAGCGAGGAACGAGUGGUAUCUGAGGGCAGGGUGGGGAUCCCCGUCGGCGCCGAGGAGGAGGAUGACGACCACAUGGAGUUCUGUCGGGUGUGUAAAGACGGAGGAGAGCUGCUGUGCUGCGACACCUGCACCUCCUCGUACCACAUCCACUGCCUGAACCCCCCGCUGCCCGAGAUCCCCAACGGAGAGUGGCUGUGUCCGCGAUGCACGUGUCAGCUAAUCACAGGGCGCGUCCAGAAGAUCCUCCACUGGCGAUGGGGCGAACCUCCUCCUCCCAUCCCUGUCCCCCCUGCUCCGGACGCCCCACCUGACGCCCCCCCGCCUCCACCCAUGAAUGGCAGACCCGAGAGGGAGUUCUUUGUGAAGUUGACGGCUCAAUCCUACUGGCACUGCACCUGGAUCACCGAGCUGCAGCUUGAGAUCUUCCACUCGGUGAUGCACAGGAACUACCAGAGGAAGACGGACAUGGACGAGCCUCCCAGCCUGGACUACGAGGAGGAUGAGAACGGGGUGGGGAAGAGCGAGAAGAGGAGGGCCAAAGACCCUCAGUACGCCAUAAUGGAUGACAAAUACUACAAAUAUGGCAUCAAGCCGGAGUGGAUGAUGAUCCAACGCAUCAUCAACCACAGUGUGGAUAAGAAGGGGACGUACCACUAUCUGGUCAAAUGGAGAGACCUGACCUACGAUCAAUGCACCUGGGAGAGAGACGACCUGGACAUCCCCGACUUCGCAAUUCACAAGAGCAACUACUGGAGUCACAGAGAUGCGAUAAUGAAGGAGGACCCAGACAAAUCCCGGAGGAUGAGGAGCAGGAACCAGGAGUGUGAAGAGGACUCUUCUGCCUCGCCGGUCACUGAUCCGACGAUAAAGUACGAGGAGCAGCCCGACUUCGUGACGCAGACGGGGGGCACGCUGCACCUGUACCAGCUGGAGGGUCUGAACUGGCUGCGCUUCUCCUGGGCUCAGGGCACCGACACCAUCCUGGCCGACGAGAUGGGCCUCGGCAAAACCAUCCAGACCAUCGUCUUCCUCUACUCGCUGUUCAAAGAGGGCCACACUAAGGGUCCGUUCCUGGUCAGCGCCCCGCUCUCCACCAUCAUCAACUGGGAGAGGGAGUUUGAGAUGUGGGCGCCGGACUUCUACGUGGUGACGUACUCGGGAGACAAGGACAGCCGCGCCAUCAUCAGAGAGAACGAGUUCUCCUUCGACGAGUCGGCUGUCAAAGGAGGGAAGAGGGCCUUCAAGCUCAGGAGAGACGCUACUAUCAAGUUCCACGUUCUCCUGACCUCCUACGAGCUGGUGACCAUCGACCAGACGGCGCUGAAGUCCAUGGACUGGGCCUGUCUGGUGGUGGACGAGGCCCAUCGCCUGAAGAACAACCAGUCCAAGUUUUUCAGGCGUCUGAACGACUACACGAUCGACCACAAGCUGCUGCUGACAGGAACUCCUCUACAGAACAACCUGGAGGAGCUGUUUCACCUGCUCAAUUUCCUCACACCCAACCGCUUCAAUAACCUGGAGGGCUUCCUGGAGGAGUUUGCAGACAUCUCCAAGGAGGACCAGAUCAAGAAGCUCCACGACCUGCUGGGGCCUCACAUGCUGCGCAGGCUGAAGGCCGACGUCUUCAAGAACAUGCCGGCCAAGACCGAGCUGAUCGUCAGGGUGGAGCUGAGCCCCAUGCAGAAAAAAUACUACAAGCUGAUUCUGACCAAGAACUUCGAGGCUCUGAACUCUAAAGGCGGAGGGAACCAGGUCUCCCUGCUCAACAUCAUGAUGGACCUCAAGAAGUGCUGCAACCACCCCUACCUCUUCCCUGUCGCCUCCAUCGAAGCCCAAAGAACCCCUAAUGGAGCUUACGAGGGGUCGGCCCUCUCUAAGGCCUCUGGGAAACUGACGCUGUUGGAGAAGAUGCUGAGGAAGCUGAAAGAUCAGGGGCACAGAGUACUAAUCUUCUCUCAGAUGACCAAGAUGCUGGACUUACUGGAAGAUUUCUUGGACCAUGACGGGUACAAGUAUGAGAGAAUUGAUGGAAGCGUGACGGGAGCAAUGAGACAAGAGGCCAUCGACCGCUUCAAUGCUCCCGGUGCUCCUCAGUUCUGCUUCCUGCUCUCCACCAGAGCCGGGGGUCUGGGCAUCAACCUGGCCACCGCCGACACCGUGGUCAUCUUCGACUCCGACUGGAACCCUCACAACGACAUACAGGCGUUCAGUCGAGCCCACCGCAUCGGGCAGGCCAACAAGGUGAUGAUCUACCGCUUCGUGACGCGGGCCAGCGUGGAGGAGCGCAUCACAGAGGUGGCCAAGAGGAAGAUGAUGCUGACCCACCUGGUGGUCCGGCCCGGCCUGGGGUCCAAAGCCGGAUCCAUGUCCAAACAGGAGCUGGACGACAUCCUCAAGUUCGGGACAGAAGAGCUCUUCAAGGACGAACUAGAACGAAUGAGGAAUAAUACGGGGGGGGAUAAGGGGGAGGACGAGGGCAGCGUGAUCCACUACGACAGCAGCGCCAUCGAGCGGCUGCUGGACCGCAGCCAGAACGACUCGGACGACUCGGACGUGCAGAACAUGAACGAGUACCUCAGCUCCUUCAAGGUGGCCCGGUACAUGGUGCGGGAGGAGGACAAGAUCGAGGAGGUGGAGCGUGAGAUCAUCAAGCAGGAGGAGAACGUGGAUCCUGACUAUUGGGAGAAACUGCUGCGGCAUCACUACGAGCAGCAGCAGGAGGACCUGGCCAGUAAACUGGGAAAGGGAAAGAGGAACCGCAAACCCGUCAACUACAACGACGCAGCGCAGGAAGACCAAGAGUGGCAUGCUGACAUUUCAGAUAACCAGUCCGAGUACUCAGUGGGUUCCGAGGAGGAGGACGAAGACUUUGACGAUCGGCCAGAAGGUCGAAGGCAGUCGCGCCGCCAGCUGAGGAACGAGAAGGAUAAGCCUCUGCCUCCUCUCCUGGCCAGAGUGGGAGGAAACCUCGAGGUGUUGGGCUUUAACACACGCCAGAGAAAGGCUUUCCUGAACGCAGUGAUGCGCUGGGGGAUGCCCUCUCAGGACGCUUUCUCCUCCCAGUGGCUGGUCAGAGACCUCAGGGGCAAGACGGAGAAAGAGUUCAAAGCGUACGUGUCUCUCUUCAUGCGUCACCUGUGCGAGCCGGUGGCUGACGGCGCCGAGACGUUCGCAGACGGCGUGCCGAGAGAGGGCUUGUGUCGCCAGCCGGUCCUCACCCGCAUCGGCGUCAUGUCCCUCGUCAAGAAGAAGAUCCAGGAGUUUGAGCACAUCAACGGCCGCUGGAGCCUCCCAGAGCUCAGGCCGGAGGUCGUUUUGGACAAAUCCUCCUCCAGGGCGUCCUCUCCGGCCAUGAAGACCACCAGCACCACCCCCGAGGCCUCUUACAACAACACACCUUGCACCUCCAAGCCAGCCACCCCUGCUCCAUCAGAUAAGAUGGAAAAGAACGGGAAAGAAGGGGACAAAGAGGAAGGGGGGGCGUCGUCCGAUAAAGAAAGAGCGAAGGAGAAAGAGGGGGAUGAUGGGAAAGAGGUGGAGAGCAACAGCACUGCAGACCCUGAAGAGUGUUCUUCUUCGACAAAAGACGCAUCACAAACAGUGUCCCCGAGUGAAAAGAGCGAAGACAAAGAGGAGAGUGAGCCGAAGGAGGAGGAGAAGAAAGAGACGACUGACGCCACACCGGAGGAGAAGAAAGACCAAGAGGAGAGUAAAGAGGAGACGCAACAAGACGAGGUCAAAGAGGAGACAUCAGGAGAAAAGGCGCUGGAGGAGGAGAAAGAAAAGCGUGAAGAAACACCAGCCGCGAGCGAAACGACGGACAACAAGGAGAAGCCCGAGGUGUCUGACGUCAAGAAAGAGGAAGUCAAAGGUGAAAGGGAUGCUGGGAAAGAAGUGAGAGCAGCGAGGGAGGAUUUACCCCAGGGAAACGGGAGGCUUCUCAUGGAGCGACCUCGCUUCAUGUUCAACAUCGCAGACGGCGGCUUCACUGAGCUGCACACUCUCUGGCAGAACGAGGAGCGCGCCGCCAUCUCCUCGGGGAAGAUGAACGAGAUCUGGCACCGCCGACACGACUUCUGGCUGCUGGCGGGAAUCGUGAUUCACGGCUACGCCCGGUGGCAGGACAUCCAGAACGACCCGCAGUUCGCCAUCGUCAACGAGCCUUUCAAGUCGCAGGCGAAUAAAGGCAACUUCCUGGAGAUGAAGAACAAGUUCCUGGCUCGACGCUUCAAGCUGUUGGAGCAGGCGCUGGUGAUCGAGGAGCAGCUGCGGCGGGCGGCGUACCUGAACAUGACGCAGGACCCCUCCCACCCCGCCAUGGCGCUCAAUGCCCGCUUCACAGAGGUGGAGUGCCUGGCCGAGUCCCACCAGCACCUCAGCAAGGAGUCGCUGGCAGGAAACAAGCCGGCCAACGCCGUGCUGCACAAAGCAGUGUUGAACCAGCUGGAGGAGCUGCUGAGUGACAUGAAGGCCGACGUGACCCGCCUCCCCGCCUCGCUCUGCAGGGUCCCGCCCAUCGCCGCCCGCCUGCAGAUGUCCGAGAGGAGCAUCCUCAGCCGGCUGGCCAGCAAGGGCACCGAGACACUCACCCACCCGCCCAUUCCCCCGGGACCCUACGCAACCCCUCACAACUACGGAGCCCCCUUCACCCCCGCCCCCCCGAGCGCCCUCCACAUGGGAGGGGCCAACUACAGUCAGAUGUCGCCCGGAUCCUUCAUAUCAGUGUUGAACGGGCCCCCCAUGUCUGUAAAGAAGGAGCGUGAAGCGGAGCUGCUAGUAAACCGCCGGGAGCAACACAGCGGAGAGGUCAUCUGUAUCGACGACUAGACUACACACACUCACUCACUCACACACACAUACACACACACACACACACACACACACACACACACACACACACACACACACACACACACACACACACAUACACUCGGAAACCCAUCUGCUGCAAACAUAUCUUCAAGGAAGUUUUUGCGCUAACACAUCCAGUAUUAAAACGUAUUGACAGAUCUUCUAAAACUUUCCCUGACAAGCUACACUACACACACUCAUGCACAUGUGCACUUAAUGUCCACACACACACACACACACACACACACACACACACACACACACACACACACACACACACACACACACAGAGAGACCUGCAUUACAUACACUCCAAUAUCGUCUCUUAACUUCUUGUGACCUUUUCUCGUCUGCCUCAAACCAUUAUACUCCUCAUAAGCGGGGCCUCUUCACGCAGGCUUCCUCCUCCUCCACCUCCUCCCCUUAGGAUGCUUCUAACCUCAUCUACACACACACACACACACACACACACACACACACACACACACACACACACACACACACACACACACACACACACACACACACAUACACACACACACAAAGAAACACACAAACACACACACACAACGCUCAACCCACCUCAACCCUAGAAACCUUUUAGAUCUCUCAAUAGACCAUGUAACCUUCCUCCUCCUCCUCCUCCCCUCGACAGGAAGCUGCAUGUGAAACUAAGAUCAUUUCAAACUCCAUCCCCUGAAGCAUGUUUUAAUCACAAUAAAGCUGUCUUGUGGAAAGGGGAAAAAAAUGGUGUCAAGCUGUGCCUACAGUUGUUUUAAUACUGUUUCUAAUUCUCCCAGUUUCUCAGUCUGAGCAGCUCCAAGCACAGCUUUUUUAUUUCUUUUAGUGAUAAAUACAUGUUCAGAUACAAACACACGCAGCAAGGUAUGAUAUGAUAAUUAUAUUCAGGACUCGUUAGACCACAUUAGGUAUUUGCCGCCGCUUCCCUGGUUCUAGUUAUGUAAGGAGCUUUGAGGUAUUUUGGGGGUUCGCUACAAUGCUAUUUUUUUUGGGGAAACCUCCAAUGAAUGUUUAUAACCUUUUCAUAAAGCAAGUCAGUGUUAUUAAACCUGUUGAUCACCCUGAACACUCCUCUUUAACUCCCCCAGGUUUCUAUUUCUUUCUACAAAAUCCUGUGAUAUACUUUGCAUAUUUAAGCAGCUCAUUCGUGUUCUCUUGUGUUUUUACUCUCAUGAUUAUGACUAUUGUCGUUUUGUGUUCUCGUUGUUGCUUUUCGAGAAAGAGCUUCUACCAAAAGAUGCAUUUUUUUGUAACGGGAAAAAACGAUUCAGUAUGCGCAACACACAAACGCACCUUUUUUGCAAUGUUUUGUCCUAUGAUUACAAGAGAACGCAAACGAAGAAGUUGAGCUAACUUCAGAGGUAGAUAUAUUGCAAGAAAACUUGUUUUUAUCAAUUGUUUUUUAGAUUUGGGGCUUGCAAAUGACAUACAUAUAUAGAAAAUAGGCCAUAUGUUACCCUUAAUGCCUCUUUGAGCAGAAAGAUAACGUAUACUAUGUAACCCAAGUAAAAGUACACGGUUAUUAUUACAAGGCUUGAAACUCAUUUUAUAUAAAGCAUCAUUAAAAAUCGCCUUAAUAAACAUAGCUGAACAAAUGUAAAAUCAUUCAACUGAAUUUAGAACCUGAUGUCAACCUGUAAAUCCAAGUCUGCUUUAAGUUAAAAACAAACGAUAGCUACUGUAGGGAUUAAUUUAUCUCAUAAAUCCCAGACAUUUUACAUUUAUCGUCCCAGGAAGUAGUCUCAGACCAUUUUAUGAGUUAUGUUACAUAUACAAAUGUUUUUGCAACCCCUGAACUAAAAUGUUUAAAGCACUUACAUUUUUUUUUUCACUUUUACUUUGCCCUCUCUCCAGAUUUUGUGUUCAUUUCUGGGUAUCUUGUGUUACUGUGUAUGUAGUGGUGCCGCUCAAAUGGCAGUGAAACUUGUCAAUGAUGACGCAUCACCUUUUUUUCCUUUCUUUUAUUUUCUGUUUGUAAUAAAACUGAAUGAAACGAUAAAAA